CUUCGAUGAUACAUUUCAGCAGCUAUACCUGUCUUUUCCGGCGAUCAUGGACGACCUACUCGGGGAAGACUGGCAGAAGCCUGCCAAGACAAAUGCCAGUAGCAGCAACCCUCCAUUGAGCCAGAACCCGUUCGCAGCCAACUUCAACAGCUUACGAGCAAGUCCUGCAAUCCCGACAUCUGGAACAGCAUCGCCACAGAAUCUUAGCCGUCCUUCGAGUACACUCAAUGGAUCCGCAAAAGCGGCGGGAGGUGAUGCCUUCGGUAACCUCCUGUCCAACAAAUCGCAAAAGGCCGCAGGAAGCAAUGUGUCAAUACAGGAGAGGCAGAGGCAGCUGAUUGAAGAGAAGAGACGACAGCAAGAGCAACAAGCUUCGAUGUGGGACACUCUUGGUAGCGGGAGAGGCACACCGGAAAUACGUGGACCUUCGCCAGUAGCGUCGCAAGGGCCGCGAGAACAGGCAGAGGAUGAUAUAAUGGCAGCCUUCAAUAAAGAUGCGCCUGUCAGCAAAGCGAGCCAUUUCCCUCCACCUCUGUCAACCCAUGCUAGUGGUAGGAGCACUCCAGCAUUUCAGCAAACAUCAAUUCCGACGAGCACAAACAACGAUAGCUUCAACGACGACGACGAUCCCUUUGGCCUCUCUGCCUUGCCCAACAGGUCCAAUGGGCAUGUACCCGUGUCUUCGACAAAUGGCGAUGAUGACGAUAUACUUGGAGAUCUCGGGAAGCCUGUGGCAGAAAGGCCAGCGAAGACGCAAGCAGUGAGACCUGCACCACAGCAAGAACAAUCUCCCGUUGGCGCAGACGAACCCCAAGAUCGAGCUUUGGCAGAAUUGGUCGAUAUGGGCUUUCCAAUCGACAAUGCGAAGAUCGCACUGGCAGAGUCUGGUGGCGACCCACAGGCUGCUGUAGGGUGCUUGCUACAGCAAGCUCACCAAGAGUCAAAGCGAAAAGCAAGGGACGAAGCGGAUGAGCGACGACCAAGCCCGAGCAACGCGAGCAGAAGUCCACAUCGUCGACCACAAGAGGUCGAAGCAGUGCCUGCAUGGAUGCGCCAGGAGCCCAGGCCUAGUUCAGCUGCCCGCAGGCAGGAUAGCAGAUCGCCUGCGGGAGGCGAGAAGGACGCCGCACAAAUGGCACAGGAAUAUGGAACCAAGUUCCUCAAAGGUGCUUCAUCGUUGUGGAAGGCAAGUCAGAAGCAGAUGGCGAAGACAGUGGCAGAGUUCCAACAAGAUCGCGAUCCAGGCCAGCCAAAGUGGAUGCAGGAAGCCGCCUCCGAAUCUCGGCCGAGCAGUCAACAGAGACAGCGAGCACGCGACGCAAAGCCCAACGUUCUCCCGACCCCAUCAUCGAUGCCCGUGAGGCCGAAGGCGCCCCCACGAACGAUUCCUAGCGUUUCUCCAGCUGCACUCUCUACUUCCGCAAAUCACCGCAAGGCUGGCGGCGAAGCUUUCAAGCGUGGAGACUAUGCUUCGGCGCAUGAAGCUUACGGUGCUGCUCUCAGCCCUCUGCCGGCAACUCAUCCAAUCACGAUCAUAGUUCUCAGCAAUCGCUCUCUGACGGCGUUGAAGACUGGGGAUGCCAAAAUGGCCGUUUCUGAUGCAGAUCGAGCUUUAGAACUGAUUGGCGCAAGCCAAGGUGUCGGCGAAACCAUUGAUCUUGGUGGUGGUGAGGGGACUAAGGAUAUGCGCGAUUUCUACGGCAAAGCGCUCAUGCGGAAAGCUGAAGCUCUGGAGCACAUGGAGAAGUGGACGGAUGCUGCAGGAGUAUGGAAGAUUGCGAUCGCGUCAGGUGUAGGAGGUGCCGUCAGUUUGCGUGGUCGUGAUCGUUGCGAAAAGGCUGCUGCGCCUAAACCAGCCGCGAAACCCGCGACACCGAGACCUGCACCAGCUGCUGCUUCGAGAGCUCCCCCAGCAAAGAAUCUCGGCAACAGCCUGCAGCGACCUGCUUUGUCGACUGUCAAGUCUGCAGAAGCAGUGAAGAAACUUCGUGCUGCUAAUGCUGCAGCAGAGAAGGCUGAUGACGAGAAAUUCGCGCUCUCGGAUCAAGUGGAAGCGAAGCUGGUUGCAUGGAAAGGAGGUAAAUCCGAUAAUCUGCGUGCUCUGCUGCAAAGUCUGGACGCGGUGCUUUGGGAAUCCGCUGGUUGGAAAAAGGUUGGGAUGAGCGAUUUGGUUCUGCCGAACAAGGUGAAGAUUAUUUAUAUGAAAGCUAUCGCGAAGGUGCAUCCCGACAAAAUAGCACAAGACGCUACGACCGAACAGCGAAUGAUUAGUGCAGCGGUCUUCAGCACGCUGAAUGAGGCGUGGGAUAAAUUUAAGAAAGAUAACAAUCUAUGA